AUGAUUGAAUUGUUACAGCACUUCAUGUGGGAGGGUGUCAGUAGACCAUUUCAAAAAGAAAAGAUUGGAUCUUAUGAAGAUGGAGUUUCAUUUUACAAUAAUUUCUCUUCUAAAAGAUUUUUAAAUGAAGAAACUAGAGGCUGUUCAUCAUUUAAAAAUAGGCAAAAUUCAUAUUCUAUCGAUGAGGAUUUGGACAACAUUUCAUUCAUUUCAUCAUCAUCCUCAUCAUCAGAAGUUGAAGAUCCUUCAGAUGAAUGUAUAGAUGAUAUUGCUUUUCUCCAGUCUUUAAAUUUAAUACAGAAAAAAGAACUCCAAACCAGAUCAGUUUCACAACUCAAAAAAAUUUUUCCUUUGAGAAAAAUAUCAAGAACAAAAGCAUGUAAUAAACAUCAUUGCAUAGAUAUGUUAGAAAAUAUUAAAAUAUUUGAAGAGACAGAAUUAUGUUCUCCUCUAGGCCGUCAUGCACUUGAUUCAUGUCGAAAACAAUUAACAAAAAAAGAAAGUACUGAAUUAGUGAAAAAAUAUGAAAAAUAUUGUCAGAUUUCUGUUUUAAGUAUUCAUCCAAAUACUGUUAAUUUACCUCAGCUAAGAUGUAGAGAGACUUUAAAAUAUCCUGUGACCUAUCGCCCAAAUAAAAAUUUGAAAAGUUGGUGCCAUCAAUAUACAUUUGGACAUAGGCAAAGAAAUUUACGAUACAGAACGUUAAAGACAGGUAAAUAUAAUUAAUGAUAAUUUAACUUCUUUAACCACGUUUUGUAUGGAAUCUUUUAUAUUAUUUUUAAUGUGACAGGAUUUCUUAAAUUUGCUGAUAUUAUGAUUCUUUAAAAUGAUAAAUUACUUUUUGUAUAAUAAUGAAUUUAACAUCAUCAUCCCCUUUCCAAUCAUUUGAGAAAUAAUGGUUAAGAUGUUUUAUUGAUCAAUAAAUUGAUUUUAAAAUAGUCAUGUUUUUGCAUAAAGUUUUAUGAAUACAUAAAACCAAACACAUUUGAUUUUAAUAAUUUGGACACUGCCCUAAAAAGUAUAUUACAAUAUUGUUGUAAUUUUUGCAGGAAUCUAUUUAAUUUUAUAAAGCAUAAAGUGUGUAAGAAUAUCCAUCAGUUUCUAUCCUUAAUGUAAUGUAAUAUGGUGCUUGUCAACUAACGUGUUUUAAUGUAACAAGCUGAGGAAGUUAAUAUUUACAGUUUCCGCCAAUUAAGUUAUGCAAGUUUUUAAAAAAUCCAGUAACAAGUUGUUUAACUU